AUGAAGGCUUUCCAGGCUGUUUUAGAACAACCAGUCCAGGGUAUAUUGGCUGACCCUGAUAGCAGUAUAGAUUCUACUGGUCAAAGGGAGAGAACUCUAACCUGGAGAGAAACAUACAGCUCAGCUGUACAGUCUCUGAUAUCACACACAGUCAGUCUACAGACACAACAGUCAGAGUUACCUGCCCUUGAUCGUGGAGGUCUACACAGCCGACUUGUGACAAAGAAACUCAAGUAUGACCAACUAAUUGUCAGACUAGAUGAGUUCACAGGAGAAAUCAUUGAAUCCAUUCAUGAACUACAACAACUGGAAGUGUCACAGACAGAUGACAAAGAAAAACAGAAGUCGGAAGCUAAACACAUUGGACAGAAGAAAAGAAAAGCUCUCAGUGAUCUGUUUAAAGAAAUAGCACAGCUAGGUCUGUCCUACAGACGAGGACUUCUCUGUGACGCUGAGAGUAACCUCCCUUUACUUGUUCCACCACUAGAUGUCUCUGUGUGCUCAGAUCAACUCACCACAAGUGAGAACAGCGCUACAGAAAUAGGACAGAGUUGCCAUGACUAUUACUAUAAAUGUGUCGCCAGAAGAGCCAAGUUAGCCACAGCUUUACAGACUCCUUCCAAGGAACUCGGUGUAGGGAAUAUAGAGCGAUGUAAAGGAUUCACUGAACACUUAAUGAAGUUAGUGGUGGAUCAGUAUUCUGGGGUGGUGGAGAUUCACAAGGCUUUCUUAUCAUUAAGCUCCUUGUCUGAAGUGUUACAAGAUUUAUGUUCAGUUAAUGGAACACCCCCUCCACAGAAGUCAACAAGGGAGCGUGUGGAAUCCCUACUAUCUCUCUUGGUCAGCAUGAAGGAGGGUCUAAUUCAGGUCAAGGUCAUACUUCGACAACAAGAGGAGAUAACUCACUAUCCGUCUCCAUUUCCCAGAAAUCAGUUGUCACAGUCAGCCUUGAUGAAAUAUGGGGAUGAACAGUGGAAACACUGCUUUGAUGAAAUUCAGACAAUACAACAAAAGGCCAACACAUUGUAUGACUGUAUCAUGCCUCUUACAAAAAGACAUUUAAUUACAUGGAGUGACCUUGAGAAGGUGAGGUCAGUGUACGGAGAUUUAACUGACUGUGUACCCCAACUGUCAGAGAUAGAAGGACACUUCUGUGACCCUGAAGACAGAACCCUGCCCUCCUACAUAGCUACAGUCAGGUACCUCAGACAGGGAAUACAGAGCAGGGCUGGGGAAUUCACACACUGGGUCAACAUGGAGUCAGAAAGACAUGUCACACGAUCAGAUAAAGAGGAGAUACAGAGUUCAGGGAUAGAACCACUCAGUGAUAACAGUGGAGAGAAGAUGAAGGUGGAGACAUUUAGUGACAGGGUGGAGAAUCUGAUAGCUGGUCUGUUACUGAGUGUACAGGAUCUCACACAGAAUCACAAACAGAGCACUGCAGGAGUGAAAGAAGAGGAUACUGGGACAUUGUUAGAGGGACAUCUAGUGGUCCAUCUUGAUGAGAGAUUAAAGGGAGAUAAGAAAUGUCUUCAACUGAAAAAGAUAAUUCAGUCUCUUCAGAGUUUGGUGAGGGAUGUCCUUGACCUUACAGACACAAGGUCAGAUGUCCUGACCUUUGUCCAGAUUCUAGGACAGUGUCAGCCGUUAGUACAACAGUACCGAGACAUGGUGGAGUACUACUUACUUCAUAGUUUGGCUGAGAACAGGGUGACAGGGAAACUCCUGUCGGUUCUGUUGGCUGUCUUCACUGAACUGGCCUCAAAA